UAUAAUAGUCUUAAAUUUAGUGGGAUUAGCUAAAUAUGAAAAAUAAGAAAAAAUUACAUUAAAAAACAUCUAUACUAUUUUCGUUAAAAUGGUAUGUGAUUAUACACCUUGGUUGGUCGGAAAAAAGGGAGAUCCUCGGCUUCCUAAAGGAAUACAUACUUAAGAAGCUGCAUAGCUGGAACAACAGACUAUUAUCCAAAGCAGGUAGAGAAGUUUUGCUCAAAACAGUAAUUCAGGCGCUUCCUACGUAUGCAAUGAAUGUUUUUCUAUUACCGGUUGAGUUAUGCAAAGAGAUUGAGGUGUUGAUGAAUGAAUAUUGAUGGAAGGGAAAUAAUGCUUCGGGUAAGGGUAUUAGAUGGAUGGCAUGGCAUCGACUUUGUAAGCCAAAGGAAAAGGGUGGGCUUGGUUUUCGCAAGCUAUGAGAAUUUAAUGUGGCAAUGCUAGGUAAACAAGCUUGGAAAUUUGUUACGAGCCCAGGUGCCUUGGGGAGCAAAAUUUUCAAGGUAAAGUACUAUCCAAACACAUAAGCAAAGUUGGGAAACAGUCCGUCUUUUGUAUGGAGUAGUAUCUUUGAAUCGCAAUCUGUGAUUGCUAACGGGUUGAGGAAGAGAUUUGGGGCAGGCAAAGAAGUUGCAGUGUGGGGGAUGCGUGGUUACCAGGGGCUGGGACAGGGAGGGUUCAAUCGGCCCGACCCCCUGGAAUCAAGGACAUGAAUGUGGCUGCACUAUUAGGGGAGACAGGUAAGAGCUGGAAUGAAAGUAGAGUUCAGGAUCUGUUUUCAGAGGAAGAGGCAGCUACUAUCUUGAGCAUUCCAUUACCUAUCAAUGCUACUAGCGAUGUUUUCUGGUGGGCAGAUGAUGCUAGGGGAAGACAUACUGUUAGAAGCUGCUAUAGGCGGUUAGUUGGGGAGGAAAAUCCAGAUGGAUGGUGGGGCUGGACCCGCCUAUGGAGAAUGCAUGUACCCCCAAAAGUAAAGCUUUUCUUUUGGCAACUUAUGAUGGGGGUUCUACCGACUCUUGUUAAUUUAGCGGGGCGCAAGGUGAAUGUGAAGACUACAUGCCUAAUUUGUAAAGAUGGGGAGGAGUCAGCUGAUCAUUUGUUUCUCACAUGCAGGGGAGCUAAUGAGGUAUGUGAUAUGUUAGGGGACAUAUUUCAUAGUAGAGGAUUUUCACCAGCAGGUUGGUUGCAGAUUAUGUUUGAGCAGCAGGAUGACAACAUCAUUGUAAAGGCCAUAAUGGCUAUGUGGAGUAUAUGAAAAGGUAGAAACAGUUUAGUGUGGAAAGGGGAGAAGUUUUCUAGCAGUGGGUUUGUUGUGAUGGGUUGUACACUGCUGGAAGGGUGACGGGCGGUGCAAGCAAAAGCUGGAAGUAAGACGGGCAUCAAAGAUAUGAGGAAUGAUAGGUGGAAAAGGCCGGAGGCCGGUUGGAUAAAAAUAAACGUGGAUGCGGCCAGGGACGGAGGUGGAGGGGUGGCCAACCGAGCCACGGCCCAACCCAAAUUUUAAAAUUGCUUAUAUUUUUAAUGCAAAAAUUUAUGUGUAAAAAUUUAUGUGUAAAAAUUCUUUGUACCGACCUAGCCCAACUCUUACUCCUGGCUACGCCCCUGGAUGCGGCAAUUGACCAACCGAAAGGAGUCCGAGCUUGGAGUUGGGUUGUGAGAGAAGAGCAUGGACAGUUCAUUGCAGCAAGGAAGGAGGCAGUCAACGCCGUUUGGGAUCCGAAAGUAGCAGAAGUGGUCGGCUUAAGAGAGGCUAUUAGAUGGGCUUGAGAGGAAGGUUGGGAAAAGGUAGAAGUGGAAACGGAUGCAGCUCUAGUGGCGUCUGGAAUUGAAUCAUCUCCUGGGUUCACGUAUUUUGAAACUAUACUACCAGUAGAUGAUAUUAGACUUUUGCUUAGUGAUAAAGAACAACAUUAUAAAGUUUGUUAUUGUAAACGAUUCGCGAAUCAGACCGCUCAUGUGUUAGCACGAGAGGCUGUUUCGGAAUAGCCAACAUUCUGGCUAAUGACGCUUUAAUAUAAUUAAGUAUGAGCUUUUGAUUUAAAAAAAAUGUGCGUGAUCC